AUGUCCGCCAAGUCCAUCUCCGAGGCCGACGGCAAGGCCAUCAUCAACUACCACCUCACCAGAGCGCCUGUCAUCAAGCCUACACCGCUGCCCAAGCCCGCCGUCCACAACCCUCCCCCUAAGCUUGCCACCAUCUACUUCCCCGAGGAUGCUUCAGUCGCCUCUGUCCUUGACCAGGCUGAGGCUACCUACCCUUGGUUGCUCGCCAAGGAUGCUCUUUUCGUCGCCAAGCCCGACCAGCUGAUCAAGCGACGAGGCAAGAGCGGUCUUUUGGGCCUCAAGAAGACCUGGCCUGAGGCCCGUCAGUGGGUUGAGGAGCGUGCCGGCAAGCCCGUGCAGGUUGAGACCGUCAAGGGUGUUUUGAGAAACUUCCUCGUUGAGCCUUUCUGCCCUCACGCCCAGGAGACCGAGUACUACAUCAACAUCAACUCAGUACGAGAGGGUGACUGGAUCCUUUUCACUCACGAAGGUGGUGUCGAUGUCGGUGAUGUCGAUGCCAAGGCCCAGAAGCUUCUUAUCCCCGUUGACCUCAAGGAGUACCCUUCAAACGAGGAAAUUGCCAACACUCUCUUGAAGAACGUCCCCAAGGGUGUCCACAAUGUCCUUGUCGACUUCAUCUCCAGACUCUACGCUGUCUACGUUGACUGCCAGUUCACCUACCUCGAGAUCAACCCUCUGGUCGUCAUCCCCAACGCCGAUGCUACCUCCGCUGAUGUUCACUUCCUUGACCUUGCUGCCAAGCUCGACCAGACCGCUGAGUUUGAGUGUGGUGUGAAGUGGGCCGUCGCUCGCAGCCCCGCUAACCUCGGUCUCCCCAUCAUUGCCCCCAAGGACGGCAAGGUUGAGAUUGAUGCUGGCCCGCCAAUGGAGUUCCCCGCUCCCUUUGGCCGUGAGCUUAGCAAGGAGGAGGCUUACAUUGCCGAGCUUGACGCCAAGACUGGUGCUUCGCUCAAGCUCACCAUCAUCAACGGCAGUGGCCGUAUCUGGACUCUUGUCGCUGGUGGUGGUGCCUCCGUCGUCUAUGCCGAUGCCAUUGCCUCUGCUGGCUUCGCCAACGAACUCGCCAACUAUGGUGAAUACUCUGGUGCCCCGACCGAGACCCAGACCUUCCACUACGCCCGUACCGUGCUUGACCUGAUGCUCCGCGCUCCUGAGCACCCCGAGGGCAAGGUCCUCUUCAUUGGUGGUGGUAUUGCCAACUUCACCAACGUCGCUUCCACUUUCAAGGGUGUCAUCCGUGCUCUCCGCGAGUACGCUCCCGCCCUCAACGCUCACAAGGUCCAGAUCUGGGUCCGUCGUGCCGGUCCCAACUACCAGGAGGGUCUCAAGAACAUCAAGGGUGUCGGCCAGGAGCUGCAGCUCGACAUGCACGUCUACGGCCCUGACAUGCACGUCUCUGGUAUCGUCCCUCUUGCUCUGAACCCUGGAAAGGACAUGGGCGAUGUCAAGGAGUUCACUCUGUAA